GGCGAAGAUGAUUUUGUGUUGUUUGCACUUGCAAUUGCCAAUCGUGUUGCUGCUGUUGCUGCUGCUGUGGCGGCGGCCGUGGUCGUCGUGGAGGUGGUCCUGGUCGAGGUCGCGGUCGUGGUGGCGGUAGUGGUGGUGAUGCUGGUGGUGGUGGUGGCGGUGGUAGCUACUGUGGCUACUGCAGUGCUCGAUGGUGUUUUGCUGAUGUUGGUGCUGCCGCUGCCGCCGCUGCAGUUG